AUGGUAGCUAGCGAUUGUUAUGCCACAUUAGGCAUUAAAGCAACAGCAACAGAUGAUGAAAUAAGAAAAGCUUAUCGGAAAAAAGCUCUUCAAUAUCAUCCAGAUAAAAAUUCAUCAUCAACAGCUGAAGAAAUUUUUAAAGAAAUAAAUAAAGCAUAUGAGACAUUAGGUGAUGCAGAUAAACGUCGAGCAUAUGAUUUACAACAACAAACAACAAAUAUAAAAUUUACAUCAUCGUCAUCAUCAUCACAACAUCGCAGAUAUGAACCAUCAUUUCAUACAUCCAGUCAAUCACAUUUUACAUCAACAAAUAAUAAUAAUUCAUCUCGAUUUCGUUGUCAUGAUCCAUUUUUUAAUUUACAUCAACGUCAUGCUUAUUUUACUAGUAAAAUGCAUUCACCAAAUUUUUCAUUUUUUGAUACAAACUUUGGUUCAUCAGAUGAUGAUGAAACAGAUUCAGAUCAUUUCGAUCCAAUUCUAUCAACAUUUCAUUCUAGUCAAAGACAUUUUCGUAGAAAAACUCGAUCCAAAUGGCAUCAUAAUAGACCAUUUGAAAGUGAUCCAUUUUCAAUGUUUGAAAUGUUAACACGAUCAAUAUUUGAUCAAUUCUUAAAAGAUGAUUUCUUCUGGCAUCGUUCAUCAGCUCGUUUACAUAAUGCAUCACAACAACCACAACAACGGACAACAACAACAACAACAACAACAACACCAUCAACAAAUCGUACAAGAAUACCAGUUAAUCAUGUUACACCAACGUCAAAACAUAGAUAUGAAAUGAAACGAACAUCAAUGUCAUCAUCACAUUUUAAUUCUAAGGAUAGUGAUGAUGAAGAUAUUGACGAACAUUUUAUAUAUCAAGAAGCAAAACCAACAACAACAACAACGAAUGAUCAUCAUUUUCGUCGACAUGCAUAUGAUAAUAAAACUACUCCUACUACUACUACUACUAAUAAACAAAAAUUCGAAGCAUGUCAAUAUUGUUUUCAUCAAAUAACACCAAUAGAAAAUCUUUUAAAACAUGAAGCUAUAUGUCGUCAUCGUCCCGAUCAAGAAAAAGUUUAUACAACAAAAUGUUCUUAUUGUCAGGAAAAUAUUCGUUUAAAUGAAUAUCUUGAUCAUGAAGAAAUUUGUAAACAAAAUCGACUAAAUCGACAACCAACUGAAAACAAACGUUAUUAUAAUCCAUUAUCCAAAUGUCUCUACGAUGAAAAUCAACCUUCAUCAAAAUCAUCCUUCGGAGGUUUAUCAAGCGAUAAUGAUAAGUUACGCACAUGUCAUCGUUGUCAUAAAAUAUUUCCUGUAUUAUCCGACUUAUUUAAUCAUACAUGUGAUGAUGAAAAUGAUUUAGUUUUAUCAAAGUCAACUGCACCAUCAACUAAAUCUGAUAAUAAAUCUACAAAUGAUCAUACUACUUCAUUACUUGAUAAAAUUUCUUCAUCAUCAACAAAGUCUUUCAAAUUAAGUCGUCAUCCACCAACAUUUAAUAAGUCACCAAUAUCAUCUUCACAUAUACAUAGAUUAAUAAAUCCACCACCAACAUCAUCAUCAUUAUUAUCAACAACAAUAUCAUCGGCAAUACCAAAACAAACACAUGGAGCAUCAAUUCAUAUAUCGAUAGUAGAUGAAUUAAAUCGACCUAAUCGAUCAUCAUUAGAAAAUGAACACAUUCCUAUGUUUAAACGACCUUUAUAUCAACCUGAUCUAACAACAUCUAAUCAUAAACAACAACCACCAAAACACUCAUCAAGUACAUAUGUUUAUUUACGUAAUCCAUCAUCAUCACCAAUUCGUGUUAAUUCUUAA